CUAAGGUCUCACUCCCUCUGCCUUGUCAGUUUGACUGUGACUUACUCUGUGCGCUUGUUUGGAUUCUCCUGACUGAACAGCAGAUGAAGUGUAGAAUAAGGGCAACGCUACAGCAGUUCCAAGUACCUGGCCACUCUAAACUGACAGAGCUCAAGAGCACCGUCUACUGGCCAAAAAAGAAAACAUUUUGAGAUUCCAGCGGAUUUCUUUGCUUUAACUUCCCUCCAUUUAUUGAAGGAGCUCUGGCAUUUACUAGUGUAUCCUUUUGAAAAUUCUUCACAACUCUGCCUGCCAGAAACCCCUCAACAAAAAUGACUUUAUAGUCACUGACAGCAAGUACAAGAAAAGAACAUCAGGCAUGGAGGCUCAUGAAGGGAGUCCGUCUUCUACGGCCAUAAUCCCCACCUCCCCUACUCCCUCAUCUUUUGGCUAUCUGCAGUUCUUCUGUGAGUACCAGAAUAAUUCUGUCAUUGUGGAACAUUACAACUUCACUGGCAAGCUGCAGAAUGAUCGCUACCGUGAAGGGCUCAAACCUGAGGCUAUUGCAUUCAUGGUGGUGUGUGUCCUCAUUGUCCUGGAAAAUGCUGUGGUUCUCAUCGCCAUUUGGAAGAAUAAGAAGUUCCACCUGCCCAUGUAUUACCUUCUGGGAAACCUGACUCUAUCGGACCUGCUGGCUGGAAUUACCUACAUGGCCAAUAUCAUCAUGUCAGGACCAAAUACUUUGAAACUGACGCCCGUGCUAUGGUUCCUCAGGGAGGGAGGGGUCUUCAUCACCCUGGCUGCGUCUAUUAUUAGUCUGCUUGCCAUUGCUAUUGAACGUCAUGUCACUAUGGUGACUAUGAGGCCAUAUCACGGUGCAAAGCGGGGACGGAUGUUGACACUAAUCGGAGCAAGUUGGGCACUGGCAGGAUUUUUGGGGGUACUCCCAAUUUUGGGAUGGAAUUGCAUCCACAGACUGAACCAGUGUUCAACAGUACUCCCACUUUAUGCCAAAAGCUACAUUCUCUGCUGUGUGUCUGUGUUUAGUGCAGUGCUUCUUGCUAUUGUGGUCCUUUAUGUUCGGGUCUUCCGUAUUGUUCGCACAAACACAAAGCGUCAGCGGCUGGGCCUGUCAGGCAGCAUGAGGAAAGGCUUAGCAAGGAAGUCACAGAAGUACAUUGCUCUCCUCAAGACUGUCACUAUUGUGCUGGGUGUCUUCAUCGCCUGUUGGCUGCCCCUCUUCAUUCUCCUCCUGCUGGAUUUUUUUUGCCCCACCCGUGGCUGCCCUCUGCUCUACAAAGCUGAUUACUUCCUUGGAGUAGCAAUGGUCAAUUCGCUCCUCAACCCCAUCAUCUAUACUUUAACCAGUAAGGACAUGAGGAGAGCCAUUCUGAGGCUGCUCUGUCGACCGUGUCUGAUGACCAGAGAUGGACAGGUGAAAAGGAUUGGAAUGCCAUUCCUGGAGUGCAGUUUCAGUAAAACUGAGGUGGCAUCCCAGAAGUUAGAGGGUGGAAUGGAGACGACUAUUUCCUCUGGGAAUGUAAUCACCACUCCAUCUCCAAUUAAAGCUCUUUACCCCAAACUCUUCAAGUCAUAAGGACAAAGACUGUAAAAGUUUAAAAGUGUAAAUGGGUUUUCCACUAAACAGAAGUAGCAAAUCCUCUAUGAAGAGGAAGCAGUUGUGGCAUUCUCAAAUUUGGAGCAAAGACAGAAAUAGAGGGUGCACUAAAUAUGAUAGAGGCAGAUGAUGUGUUCAUGUUUAGAUGAACUUUGACAAGUCAAAUGCGGUGCAGUUACAGGAAUAUAAUUACAUCAACUUCAUCUUUACCAUAUUAAACCCCACUAAAAAAUACUGUGCAAAUGUGAACUAGCAACUAAUGUUUUUAUGAGUAUGACGCUAGUAACAAGUCUCCUUGAUUAAUUUGCACUGAAAUAUUACAGUGAAUGCAAACCUUGAACUAAAGUCUUUGUAUCAAAGCCUGGAAGAAUUCCCUUGUAUGCUAAAAGACUGUCAAGACUGAAAAACUGUAAACAUGACAUUCUCUCCCAAACUCUAAGUGCCUUAAAUGCAGCAGAAAUUAUCCUAAUGCUUGUAGUGAAUAAUCUAUACAUCUGCAGACGCCUGGAUUUCGCUGGUUCGAGCCAUGGAGGACAAGAUUUGUCCAGAUAUAUUCACAUAAAGCAUGUCUGUGUACGUGAUGCGGGGAGAGUCAUAAGAAGACGGUGAGACAGAUAACAAGAAAUCUGGAGGUGGUGCUCAUUGUAAACUUCUACUCUUCCUCUCAAACACAGCUCAAUGAAGCAUGCUGUGGCAUAGCCGUAGGAGGGAGCACGUAAAAUUAAAACCCCCACUGUUUUGAAAUGACAGAUGUUUAACCUAUCAGGUAUUGAAUGGAACGCUUCUUUGAAAUGUCAGUCUAGCACCUGCAGUAAAACAAACAUUGCAAUAAUAUUUAAUUCUUUCAUUUUCUGUAACCGCUUGUCCUUUGGGGGGUUGCAGAAGUAAAUUUCAAAUACCUUUAACAUGAACGGCCAGAUGUGACAAAAAAUGCUUCAUUUUUAUUCUGACAGUUUAACUCAACUUCAAAUGUAUCACUUGUUAACAUAAGUCAAAUAAAUAUUAUAUCUUGGACUUAUACUUCAAGUGGCGUUAUCGUUCAUCAUUGUCCAGCUGUGUCUAGACUUUUAAGGAGAAGAAUGUGCCUGAUCUUGUCAUCACCUCAGGAUGGACCCACAGUGCAAUCAUUCCACUACUUCUGCUCACAAUUCAUCAUGGAUGGUCUGGUUAUGGUUUAGUUACUGAAUUAUUUUAAACAUAAAAUGAGUUCCACAUCAGUAUUUAUAUACAGAUGUUUGUUUAGUGAAGCCUCUCUGGGCAUAGUCGAUGAUUGAGGUAGUGCGCUUUUUUGUACUGAAAGUUUUGUAAAGAAUUUUCUGUAUUUCUGAGAAUGUGUUCUAUAACAUCUGUAUUGUAAAUUUGAUCUAUUUUGUAGGAAGUGAAAUCUUUUUAUAAAAGGAAUAAAAUGUUUUCUACAUAAA